AGGUUAACAACUCUUCCUCUUAGUUCUGCUUGUUCUUUAUAUCAACAUUUUGCUGUUAAACACUACGAGAGGAAACCCCAUCUUUCUGUAGAGGAAUUAAAAUCUCUUCUUAUUGCCCAAUCAGCAAAAUUUGCAUCGCGUAUAACAGAGAGCAAGCAAACAAUAGCAGAGAUAGGUCGUAUAAUGUUUACAAAAGAUCAAAUGGUAGUACUUACUCAUGGAAGAAGUUCUUGUGUUGAGCGUCUUCUUCUUAAUGCUUGGCUAAACCACAAAAAGAGGUUUAUAGUUAUAAUAACACAACAAGAAACCCUAAACACUCAUGGACAACAAACUAUUACUAAUGAUGAAGAUCGUCUUCUUGCCUCCUUAUCUGCAUGCGGUAUACCUGCAUCUUUAUCAAGUGUUAGUCUUGUUGCUUCCUUGAUGGAGAGAGUUGACUUAGUUGUUGUUGGCGCAGAAGCCGUGGCAGAGAAUGGAGGAAUUAUUAAUAGAGUAGGAACAGCAACAGUAGCUCUUGUUGCUGCACAAAGAUGUAUUCCUUUUUAUGUUGUAUGCGAGGCCUGUAAAUUCGGUCGAGCAAUUUCUUUAGAUAAUAAGGCUUCUUCUCUUUUUUCUAUGCAACCUGCGCAGCCCCAACGAGACUCGUUAAUAGGAGACUGCUGGGAACCAUUAGACUAUACUUGCCCUGAAUAUAUUAAUUUAUUAUUUACUGAUUUAGGUGUAUUUACACCUUGUAGUGUAUCUGAUGAAUUAGCUAAAUUAUUUAAUUAA